UCCCGCGCCCUAUUUGGGCAUUUGGGGGGCCGGCGGCGGGAGGCGACGCGGAGCCGGCGCCCGUGCGCAGAGGGGCCGCUCUGUGGCGCCGCGGACGCUCGGUCGGGGAGCCGCGAGGCCGCCGCGUCCUGCCCUCGGAACAAUGGGAAUCGGCGCGCGCGGCGCCUGGGCCGCGCUGAUCCUGGGCGCGCUGCUGGUGCUGGCGCUGCUGAAGGCCGCCGUGGACAGCCCGGGCCCGGACGGAUCUCUAAACGCACAGAAUUUGGUGCCUUCAGGAAACCACAGUGCUAACCCAACAGAGAAUGUCACCACUGUGACCUCCAACCAUACGAGCCAUCCCACCAGCACUGUGAGACAGCCGACGAACCCACAGUCUUCCACAUCUAAGACUGAGACAGUCACGGCCUUGAUGUCCACGGCAACAGCUAAAAUCACAACACCCACAGGCUCCGCAAACAGGACCAACAGCAGCUCAGUUUCACAGAACGCAACCCAGACGAUGCCGUCCACAGUGAGCACCACCGCCCGCAACAGCUCGGCCACGUCCGCUUCUUCAUCCGUAACGAUCACACCAACUAUUAAUUCUAAAGGAAAUCCAGGAUCAAAAUUUGACAUUGGCAGCUUUCUUGGCGGUAUCGUGUUAACACUGGGGGUUCUGUCGAUUCUUUACAUCGGAUGCAGAACGUACUAUUCGAGAAGAGGCAUUCGGUACAGAACCAUUGAUGAACAUGAUGCCAUCAUUUAAGGAAACCCAAGGACCCAUGGAAAGAAGAUUGAUAACAACCCUAUCAAUUAACUUUAGUUAUUCUUGAAUACACAGGCCAUGCAUAUAAUGUACUAUAGAAACAUGUAGAUUCCUCACUGUUACUAAAGGUAAAAAGGGUUUGGUUUGGGUUUUUUAAAUGAGUAUUUGAAGCAUAUAGUUAAUGUUAAAAAACACCUAGUAAGACAAGUCCGCCCCUUCUGUGUGGCACUGGUCACACGGGGGAGUAACUGGAAGGCCUCCUCCCUGAAGGGCGCAGUGCCCUCUGAGCCCACAGAUACGGGCCUUGGGACCGUCACACAGCUUGUACAGCUGAGUACUGGGUUCAGAAACAAAAGGCACUGCCUUCAGGUCCUGCUAGAGAGCCUGGGUUCUUGUUACAACCUCUUUUGAGCUUUCAAUGGCAAUUCAGCUAAGUAUUUUUGCCUCUGUAAUUUCAGUAAACUGCAAUGUUGAACAAAGUUUUAAAGAUGGAGUUAGGUUUUUUGCUACUGCGAGACUACUGGAAAUUGCUUUAUUUCAUAUGCAACAGUUAAUUUUAUGUUUAGGGAAUAUUUUUAAGAGGUGUAGAGCUUCUUUCAGUAGCUAGGAUCCUGUAUGACGCAGUGUCAGCCUACCUACCUUACGCCCCCUUCUGCGAUUUCCAGACAACCUGUAGGGCUCUGUCCCUCAGCCCAGGGAGGACGGCCUCCGCCUGCAGGAGGCCAAUGCUGCAUUUUUAUACUAAAGAAAUCUUUGUAUUGGGAUUAAAUUCUUAAGUUUUUAAAACAAACUUUCCGGCCCCUUGUGUCCCGUGGAGGGGACUCGGCUGUCUUACGGUAACAGCACGGUGUUCGAGGGACACCCGUGUCCAUCAACAUCGGUCUGAGGGUUUGGCUUAUAGUUGAUACUACAGCAGCCAAAACUCAGGGUCAAGUUUGGCAAAAAAAAAAAAGUAUUUAGUCCUACUAAAUGACCAGCCAAUAUAGAAAUACUAUAUUAGAUGUCCUAAUGACACUGCUCUACAUUGAAUAGGACUUAAGUGUAACCUGUGAUCAGCUUUUCAUUUUCAGAGAAUGCCAAGAAUUUUUAUAUAAAAGUAUCAUUUCUACUCACUGUGCACUAGGGCCCACUGAGGUGAAGAGCGGGUGACAGGGCAGGUCUGAGGCGCACGGUGGGCCCCCAGUUUGCAGAGAGGUGGGCUGCUUAGUAACCUACAAUGCACCUGCCUGGUCUCGAACUGCUUUUAUGUCUUUGCAAAAUACACUUAUGCUACAGGUAUAUGCUUCUGUCUUAUGAUGGGGGCCUUUAAACUGAACUUCUUCCGUCUCUUGCUGGCUUUACUCCCGUCAGAACCUUGAAGCCAGGCCUGUUUCUGCAGCACGUGGAAGAAAUGUCUUUAAACCCCUUUCCAGCUGCCUAUGCUUUGGGUCUAAAAACUGCCUUCUCUGUCUGGAAGCUGGAUCUUCGUUCCUUCCCGCCCCCGCACAGAAACGCGGAAGUGGGGGCACGAACCACUGCUCCCCCAGGGCGCACAUUUCCUAAGCCUGUAAUUCAUGUCCUAAUUAUGUUUACUUCAGCAGAUACUCGCUUCUGUUUGCAUUCCUUGAGAAUGUAUUACUUGAAGAGCUCUUAGAAUCCAGUCUAGGACUUUAGAUGAUCCAAAACAGGAUUUCCCAUACAGAUAAAUGAGUGGGCAAUAUAUUAGUAAGAAUUUUGUAUUUUUCAGGAGAAACACUUUUAAAGCAAAUUUCUUUUUUUUAUUAUAAUGACCAGCUUUUGGUAUUCCAUUGUUACUGAGAUCUAUUUUUAGAAUAAAAUUUUGUUCUCCAUCUAAGA